AUAUAACCUAUCGGUCGAUGCCCAACCCCCUCCCCACUUAAGCCUUGCCCCCCCCGUGUGAUCAAGCGGAAGUGUUCGCAAGGCUUUCGGAAUUGAAGGCAUUUUCAGAUCAGAUUCGACAACCAGCGUCCCUGCGAUCAGGGAACUGCACACUGUUAAGCGAUUUUAAACAAACACAAUGUGCGAUUGCGUUUAGGGCACAACCGACAUGUUCCCGUCGGAUAGCCCGGAGCAGCAAGACGGAUAGUCUGUACACCUCGUUGGAUUUUUGAGGGAAGCCAGUGGAAAUUACUUUAACGGUGUAUUUUCGAACGGAAACUGAUGGGUUAGUAAUUCUAACCUUUCGUAUGUUGGACAAAUAAUUGUUGCUACAAUUGAACUGAGUGUAGAAGUGGAGUAAAGAGAAAGGAAGAGAAGACAUAUUCGAUUCAGUAGGCGACACAUCCAAAUCUGUAACUGGAUCUCAUGAACGCUAACCAGCAAGCUAACUAGCUACAUGGGACGUACUUUGCUGAAAUAUUCAAUUCCUUCCCAGGCGACUCCGUCAGUUCCUUUAACACGCACUGCGCUCAGAAAUGCCCAGAUGGUAGACUAGAAGGCAAGAGACUGGCACGUGGAGAGAAAACACACCUUUGUGUUAAAGGAAAAGCAAGAAAUUGACAACGCAUCGAACGUGUGGCCCCUUUUCGUCAUGCGGCGGUGGGGGAGGAUCGGAGCAGGGACCUCGCAGCGGAUUUCAUGUUUCGCAACAAUGUUAAUGCUCCUCAUCUGAGGAUUAUAGGCUAAGGCUCGAAAAAUGAGCACCGGUUGUUUGUAAAUCGUUAAACUGCACUGUGUUGAUCGGAGCACCGAAAUUACCUAUGAGGGAAUUUCCAUGAUGUCCUCGAUUAUAAGAUUACCCUGGCAUAAUUUAAGAGGUUUGCUUAAUUCUAACAUUUAAAAACACAGUUGCAUAUAAUUGAUUUGAAUACGAUUUAAUUUAUACUUCCGAAUUCAUAUGCAUUGGUUGCCUAUUUCCCAAGUACAGGUUUUACUGUGCAGAGAUUUCUUUUUUCGGCCAAGCGAAUUUGUAUAGUGAGCGCAACGCCAGUGCUUGUACUUGGUCAGCAUUUAAUCCCCAGAAAAUCCACAUAUUUUUAGAGCAAACGCAUUCUAUGCCUACCCGCCACACGAUUUAAGUUUUUCAAAGUUAUCUUUUGGCCUACUCGCAAAUGGCUUCAUUCCCAGACUCCGAUCUGCAAACAUGCCCUCUGUGCAAGGAGCUGUGCGGGUCUUCUGCUCCGAUCUCCUCCAACUCCUCUACCUCAUCGUCUUCAUCUCAGACCUCAAAUUCAUCUACCUCGUCUUCUAGAAGGCUCCACGUACUACCCUGUCUACACGCAUUCUGUAGGCGAUGUUUAGAGGGCCAGCGGAACCCCGGCGACCCACUGAAACUUAGGUGCCCAACUUGUGACCAAAAGGUUUCCAUGCCCGAAUCCGGGGUAGACGCCUUGCCAUCCUCAAAUUUUCUCUUCAACAACUUGCUUGAUGUUGUAGUUGCGUCCGAGGAGCUCAACAAGACUAGCUGCAGAGGCAACCCACAUAGCAGCCUUCUUCGACCACAUCACCUCACCUCACCUCAGUGCAGUUCCUGCGAUGAGGGCAAUCCCGCUACCUCACAUUGCUUGGACUGCCAAGAGUACCUCUGUGACAACUGUGUCCGGGCGCACCAGCGGGUCCGUUUAACCAAAGACCAUUUUAUUGAAAGAUUACUGGAGAGCUUGCACAUAGGAGGCCGGACCAACAACGCCAACACUCCGUUGAGCCUCUCCCAGUCGUUCCAUUCGACCUACUCGUUUCUGCCCGUCUUUCAGGAGCGAAUGGAUUUCUGUCAACAGCACGAUAACGCGGUGCUGCGCCUGUUCUGUGACAGCUGCUCCGUGCCCAUCUGCCGGGAGUGCAGUAAUGGGCGCCACGCCGGACACAGCUUCACCUACCUGCAGGAUGCCGUGCAGGACUGCCGUGCCCUCACCAUCCAGCUGCUAGCCGACGCCCAGCAGGGACGCCAGGCAGUGCAGUUAAGCAUUGAGAAGGCCCAAGCGAUUGCAGAGCAGGUGGAGCUGAAGGCGAAGGUGGUGCAGACGGAGGUGAAGACCAUAGCCCUGCACCACAAGAAGGCCCUGGAGGAGCGCGAGUGUGAACUCCUGUGGAAGGUCGAGAAGAUCCGGCAGGUGAAGGCCAAGUCGCUGUACCUCCAGGUGGAGAAACUCCAUCAGAACCUGACCAAGCUGGACACCACGAUCGCCACUGUGCAACAAGUCCUCGAGGAGGGAGGGAGCCUGGAUGUGCUUCUGGCGCGUGAGCACAUGCUGGCCCAGAUCGAGGAGCUGAAGGCCCUUCGCUGUCUGCUGCAGCCACAGGAAGACGACCGCAUCGUCUUCACCCCGCCUGACCAGGCGCUCUUCAUCGCCAUCAAGUCCAUGGGCCUGAUCAGCAGUGGCGCUUACGCCUCCGCCUCCAAAGCCCACGGCGAGGGCCUGAAGCGUGGCCUGCAGGGCAAGGUGGCCUCUUUUACCGUGGUGGGCUACGACCAUGACGGGGAGCCCCGGCUGUCUGGAGGAGACGGCGUCUCUGCGGUGCUCAUGGGGCCAGACGGGGCCCUGUCCAGUGCAGACGUGUCAGACCAUCAGGAUGGCACCUACACCGUCAGCUACCUUCCCAAGAGCGAGGGGGAGCACCUCCUCUCUGUGCUCAUCUGCAAUCAGCACAUCGAGGGGAGCCCCUUCAAGGUGCUGGUGAAGUCAGGCCGCAGCUACGGUGGCGUCGGGUUGCCUAUCGCCUCCUUUGGGGCCGAGGGCGACAGGGAAGGGCAGCUGUGCCGUCCCUGGGGUGUCAGCGUAGACAAGGAAGGAUUCGUGGUGGUGGCAGACCGGAGCAACAACCGUGUGCAGAUCUUUAAGCCCUGCGGCACGUUCCAUCACAGGUUUGGCACACUGGGCUCUCGACCAGGCCAGUUUGACAGGCCAGCGGGCGUGGCCUGUGACAGCCAGCGCAGAAUCAUCGUCGCAGACAAGGACAAUCACCGCAUCCAGAUCUUCACGUUCGAGGGCCAGUUCCUCCUCAAGUUUGGUGAGAAGGGAACAAAGAACGGGCAGUUCAACUACCCCUGGGAUGUGGCUGUGAACCCCGAGGGGAAGAUCCUGGUGUCUGACACACGCAACCAUCGUGUGCAGCUCUUUGGACCUGAUGGCACGUUCCUUAACAAGUAUGGCUUUGAAGGGGCGCUUUGGAAGCAUUUUGACUCGCCCCGCGGUGUGGCCUUCAACCAGGAGGGUCACUUGGUGGUCACAGACUUCAACAAUCACCGACUGCUAGUCAUCCGGCCCGACUGCCAGUCUGCCCGCUUCCUGGGCUCCGAGGGCACGGGCAAUGGGCAGUUCCUCCGUCCGCAGGGCGUCGCCGUAGACCAAGAGGACCGCAUCAUCGUGGCCGACUCCCGCAACCAUCGCAUUCAGGUGUUCGAGCCCAACGGCAAUUUCUUAUGCAAGUUCGGCACUCAGGGCAAUGGCUUUGGGCAGAUGGAUCGCCCAUCGGGUAUAGCCGUUACCCCUGAAGGAAUGAUUGUCGCCGUGGACUUUGGUAACAACCGAAUCCUCAUGUUCUAAGCAAUGCUGCUCUCUCGCUCAUUGCAAAGGAAACGUAGUGAAGAAGCAGAAAAGAAGAUUUUCGGUACACACCCAUCAGGAGCAAACCUUCCAAGAAGUAAAGAAAAUGUUGAUCGUAGAAUGGAAUAUCUCAUCAUCUACCACACUUCAAUUGAUAAAUGCCUUUUGUAUUAGUUUGUCAGAGCUCUAUUGAAUCCGUAUGAUCGGCGCUGGCUCACAGAUCACAGAUCAGUGCUGGUCAGGCGAGCAGUCCUUCCUCCCAUCAGGCUUGGGCUGCUGAAAUGUGAUGCCAUUUUUGCUCUUGAUGUGUGUUUCAAAUCUUUUUUUUUUUCUGAUUUUCUCAGGGAAUUUCUUUCAUUCUUGACAUAUUUUACUCUCUGCAUCAUACCUACCUCAUCUAGCUUAUGUAUGAAUGUACUCGCAUUGUUUUUUGUGUGCAGAGACUCAGUCCAUGAAGUUUUAUAAAGAAACAUCUACCUCAGUGCUUUUUCAGCGAGAGAAAACUACAAAAAUGAAGCAAUGUUUGGUUUGUAUUUGCACAGCUCGCACAAAUUUCCCCAGUUGUUACUGUGCACAUAAAGCAAUUGAAAUACCCUGAAUGUUUCUGAGAACGAUGUUCAAAUUUACCAAGGUGGCAUGUUUUAGCCGAAGCAUGCAGCCAUAUUUAGAGAAAUCUACUGUGUUUGUUUUUCAUGUUGUGUUUGUAGUUCUGUUAGUCAUCUGCCUCAUACCUUUGCAAAACUUUUUACCUCAAGAUUACACAAUACCUCUAUGGGUCCAGCUGCCUCUCACACGUGUUUAUAUUUAAAAAAAAAGACUUUAUGAUGCAAAUAAAGGCAGCUCAGUCUCACCUCCUUGACUGGAUAUACAUAGCUGAGAGCAUUCUCUAUCCUCUUAAACGGCAUAUAAAAAGUAAAGUGUUAAUCAAGAUUUACUGCAAGAAGAAUGCUACAAGAAACCAAAAAUAUGCCCCAACUCCUGAUUUAAUGUUUUCUCAAAAAAAGAGAAUUGCUUUAGUGAAAAUGGCGUUGUUUUCCAAAUCAAUUUUUUGGGGGAAAUCUCUGUCAAAGGGCAAAAUAUUUAGAUAGUUUGUAACUGAUGCCGAUUUCUAAUGAUUUUACCUAUCGUCUAUUUGAUUUAUUUCUCAUACAAAAUGAGUGUCUGAAAUGUAUUACUAUGACUGCACAACUUGAGGUGAAAGAGAUGAUGGGGUGAUUUAUUUGUUGGAAUGGGCACAUUGGUGCUGGGGAAAAAAUAUAGGAUUUAAUCCAAACUUCUUUUUUUUUCGGAUUUCUUAGUUUAGUUUUAGUUUGCCAUCGUCUGUGCAAGUUUGCUGGCUUAAGUUGAAAAGCCACAGCUGUGAGUCCAGGCAGUAUCUACUUUGUGGUGAGGUUUCAGCUCUUAGAGAAACUGUUCCAUUUGUUUGUGUUUCAUGGGCUAAUUCUCUGGUGGCUCCUCCUAGUGUGGGGUCGGCAUGUCACGUUGGGGCAUCAGUAGAAUGCAAUCCGGGCCCCUCCGACUCGCACUGCUGCUGAGGUGAUGUGUAGGGCGCUUUGUGUGGAACCACGGUCGAGAUCAAACCAUCUUGCUCACUCCUUAUGUCAGCUUGACUCAAAUCAACUCGUGCAUUGCCACCUAAAACAGAAUGAUAUCCAGUAUUUCCAACAAAAGCACAUGUUUUAUCCAAGGAGAAGAAACAUUGAAUUCCCAUUCAUUGCAUGGGAUAUGGUGGCAUGAUUUUGAUUUUGGACCACAGGUUCACAGUGAAGGCACUAGGUAAAGAACUGGGAUCCACUGAGCCGCUUCUUCACCAAGUGCUUGGAGCGAAGCCUGAAGCACAGUAUGAGUGGCACACGCUUUCUCAGAAAGCAGAGAUGAAGAGAUGAAGCCCCUCGGAGUAGAACGAGAACGAGUAACACACCUCUCCAGGGUCUAGAGUUGGCGUACUGUACUGUGAUGUGAUCAUAUGAUGAAGACAAGCUUUCUUUGUUUGGAUUCCAUCAGCCAUCGAAAUUGGCUUUAUCAGAAUUGGAUCAUUGAAUCACCAGUGUAAAGUCUGGAGAAUUACUAGCCUACCAGCAGCUAAUAGACAUGCAGCUUGCAUUCCUGUAAAUCCCUAAACUCCCUUGUCCAUUCCUUUGGUUAAGCUCAGCUAAUGAUAUUGUGUGACUGCUUGGCAGGUCAUUGUUGAGCGGAAUUAAGUUUGUGAUCAUCUUCAGUAUUCAGUUCAAGAUUCAGUAGUUUGGAAUAUGAGAAGGUUGAGACACUAGGUGAGGGACACAGCUUAGAAGCAAAACAAAACUCCAACCUCUUUAUGACAUUACAAUUCACAUGAAUGCAUUGAUGAACCCGUGCAGGCUACUGUGCAGUGCAGGAGACUUCAAAUUGUGUUCAAAUUGUGUUGCUGAUAGAAACGACAUGAUGUGCCUUUCUACAACACAAGAAUAAUGGUUAGCGUUAAAUUGAAUGUCUUGCCAAAAUGGUGACCAUACUUUUAGCCCGUGCCAAAUCUUUGGUGAAAGAAGUCAUGCUAAUGUGAUGAUCCUCAGAUAGCUGUUGCUGCGGUUAACUCCGUUUGACCUCACAGAUCUCGGUGUUACUGGAAACCCAUUAGCCUCACACCGUUCCCUUGGUCCUCCUGUACUCUCUGUUCUUUUACCUCAGUGAAAGUGAGGUUUGGUCUGUAAGACAACCUCUUCAGAGGCUUCUGUUUGUACCCUCAAAUGUGUCUCACUGGACUUUACCACACCCUAGUUAGUGCAUUGGGAUGUUUCCUCAGGCUUAACUCCAGCAGAUGUUUGCAAGGUUCCUUUAGUGCACUGACGAUAGCAUCUCAACGCCAUUCAUACCCCCUGGAAAGAAGUACCUUCUCUUUUUAGCUCUGUGUCACAGACAAUAGACUUAGCCAUAGCUGGAGAAAUCUAGUAGACCACUGAGAAAAGUACUAAAAACCAAAAGGAGCUUAAGGAUGAAAAGUGUGAAUGUGAAGUGUGUGUGUGUGUGUGUGUGUGUGUGUGUGUGUGUGUGGGAUAAGAAAGCAACCCAAGCUGGCCAGUAGCUGUAGUUUUUCACCCAGUAUUACCUGUGCUCAGAGUUGAACACCGAGCUGCAGACGCCUGCCUCCCCAAAGAUCCUAAGAUCUGUGCUCUUUAAGAGGAAAAAUAAAAAACCCAACCCUAUAUUUAUAUUUUUGCAUGCUUUAAAAGUCCUUGUAGAAAUGAGGAUUUGAAAUGAGAAUUUAAAGACUUUUAUGAUAUACCAAAAAAGUUUGUAUGGUAGAUUGUGGUGGAUGGCUUUGACCUCUACGAUUGUAUUUCUCUCUCAAGAAUAGCUUUACAGAGCCCGAGAAAGGUACCUCAUUGUGUAAGACACGAGUGAAAUGGUCUUCGGUCCAUGAUGCCUUAUCACACAUGCAGUAGUCUACAGCUUUAAAAAAAAAUCAGGAUUGGUUCCCAAUUUGAUUAUACCUGAAAACUGCCAAAUAGUUUGCUGAAAUAGAUUUCCCAUGGCUGGUAUAGCGGAAAUGUAAACGUUUCCCCUUAAAGUAACUCUUUCUCCAAGCUCUGUUCUGAUGUAAACCCACGGAUGGUGUACCUUUUCAUGUCAUGUUUUACUGAACAAUUGUCAGGAAUACUAAGUGCGGAGAUGUGUCUGUAACCUAGUUCAUCAGUCGAUGCAAGAGCUUUAAAGAACCAGUGAGUUAACAGCAGUGUUAGUGUAGUGUGAGGGACUUGACUACCCAGAGUUUCUGUGCACUCGCUGAACAUGUGGCCCCUCCUGAUCAAUAUGUUGUACACAUGGUGUCUAGACCCAACCCUCUGCUGUUAAGAGGAGGUUCUCCUUGUGCUCAGCUGAGGAUACAACACAAUUUUAGGGAGCACCAGCCGACUGCUGAAGUUUCAUGUCCUAGGAUGUGUUUCUGAAAGCAUCGGGUUCAUUCUAACCAAUCUAUGUAUCAGGCCCCUGGGUAUUCCAACAUAAUGUAUGUAAUGUACUCCCCCUCCCCCCCCCACCCAUUUCAAACUAUUUUAGCCUGUUUCUGACACACACACCUUCUCAGAAGUGCAUGGUCCAAGACCCAUUUUAAUGAUUGUAUUGUCUUCUCAUGUAUACACAUGUAAGAACAACUCAGGUAGCUUUCUAGAGAUUAAAAAUCCAAAUUCACUGUUUGUUUCCCACCAUUUGAUAGUGAACCCGCUGUUAGUACUUUUAGUAUCUGAUUUUUUGUGUGUAUGUGUGUGCAAGUACUUUUGUCUUGAUCCAUCUGUUUAAAAAAAGAAAAAAAAGAAGAAAAUUGCUGUUAGUGAAAUUUCACAGGAUCCGCUUAUGUUUUAUUUCCAUUUAAAUGUUAAGUGAUGCAUAAGAUUUGACCAUUUUGUAGAAACUCACCUUUUUAUCAGCCUCUCAAAGCCACAGAGAAAUGAUGGUGGGAUAUUCUCUCCUCUCCUUUUCCCCCAUUCCAUCAAAGGAAACCCUCAAUUUCUCAGGAAACUAAUUGGCACAAUUUCUGUUAGCAGCAGCCAAUCAACCCGACCAAAGAAAAGUUUUCACGUUUGGGUUUGCCUUCAAAUAAGUUAGAAAUGCCUUAAAAUCCUUUUUUAAAUGCUCUAUCUCUAUGAACCACCUCCCUAAAGCAAAGCAGACAGCAUGUUUCCUCCUUGGUUUCCCGCCUUCAGUGGAGUUGUCGUACGAAGAAUCCCACUGCCAUUUUCUCAUUGUGUGUGAUAUUUUGUGGUUUUGACUGCUGUUUCAGACCUGGGGGGUUAAUGGGUAAAUGUGUAGAGAAGGCAAGAUGGCGUAUGGGCUAGAGGUCCUCCAAGAACCCCUCUCUCUUCUCCACGUCCUUCUCUUAUCUCCCCCCCCCAUCCCCGCAUUCUCAACUGGUUGGUGUAAUGUCAGUGUUGUAUCAAAAAAAAUCCGACGAAAGAGACUAAAAUAGUAUGUGGCCUGCCGUCUCGGUCUCUGGUCUUUUGUGGACUUUAAACAUUUCCUAUGCAGUCUUUGAUUUUAUGUACUGUUGUUUACACUUAAAUAAAGUUGUACUUCUUGGAUCCUGAAAA